AUGGCGGCUGAGCAGACGAGCAAAGUCAAGGAUAUGACUCUUGCUGCCUUUGGCAGGAAAGAGAUCGAGCUCGCGGAGGGCGAGAUGCCGGGUUUGAUGGCGCUGCGCAAAGAGUUCGGCGACUGCCAGCCGCUCAAGGGCGCGAAAAUCAGUGGCUCGCUCCACAUGACAGUCCAGACAGCCGUCCUCAUCGAGACUCUCAAGGCCCUCGGCGCCGAGCUUCGCUGGUGCUCAUGUAACAUCUUCUCCACGCAGGACCACGCCGCCGCAGCGAUCGUCAAGAGCAACUCCGCGUCGGUCUUCGCCUGGAAGGGAGAGACGCUCGAGGAGUACUGGUGGUGCACGGUGCAGGCGCUGACGUGGCCUGACGGCAAGGGCCCCGAUCUGCUGGUGGACGAUGGCGGCGAUGCGACGCUGAUCAUCCAUGAGGGCGUGAAGGCGGAGAAGGAGUUCGCGGCUUCGGGGAAGCUGCCAGACCCCGCCUCGACGGACAACGCGGAGAUGAAAGUGGUGCUUUCGGUGCUGGCGGAGGGCCUGAAGAAGGAUCCGCAGAAGUGGACGCGGAUGGCGGCGAACCUCAAGGGUGUCUCGGAGGAAACGACGACAGGGGUCCACCGCCUGCUGCAGAUGGCGAAGAAGAAGGAGUUGCUCUUCCCUGCGGUCAACGUGAACGACUGCGUCACCAAGAGCAAGUUCGACAACGUAUACGGCUGCAGACACUCGCUGCCGGAUGGCAUCAUGCGCGCGACGGACGUGAUGAUUGGCGGGAAGCGCGUGGUGAUCUGCGGCUUCGGCGACGUCGGCAAGGGCUGUGCAGCUGCGAUGAAGGGCGCCGGCGCCCGCGUAGUGGUGACGGAGGUGGACCCCAUCUGCGCGCUGCAGGCUGUAAUGGAGGGCUACUCCGUCGCGACGCUCGAGAGCCAGCUCGCGGUUGCGGACAUCUUCAUCUCGGCGACGGGCAACAAGGACAUCAUCACCGCCGCGCACAUGAGCCAGAUGAAGAACAACGCGAUCGUCGGCAACAUCGGUCACUUUGACAACGAAGUCGACAUGGCUGGCCUCGAGAAGUGGCCAGGCAUUAAGAAGGUCAACAUCAAGCCCCAAGUCGACCGCUUCGUCUUCCCCGAAGACAACCACGGCGUUAUUGUUCUCGCAGAGGGACGCCUGCUCAACCUCGGCUGCGCCACGGGCCAUCCGUCCUUCGUCAUGUCCUGCUCCUUCACCAACCAGACGCUUGCCCAGCUCGAUCUGUGGGACAACGUCAAGACCAAGCGCUACGAAAACGACGUCUACCUGCUCCCCAAGGCGCUCGACGAGAAGGUCGCGCGCCUGCACCUGCCCUCGCUCGGCUGCCAGCUGACCACGCUCAGCCCGGAACAGGCCUCCUACAUCGGCAUCAAUCCUGAGGGCCCCUACAAGCCCGCCUCCUACAGAUACUAA